GGUGCUGUGACGAUCGGACGGAGAAAUCGAGAGUUUUGACAUGUAAAAAACCCGACAAUCCGGCGUGCGAUCGGAUGGAUUUUUGGAAUCAAUAGGAUAUAGAAAACGUGAUUUGGAUUAUCAUUGCAACACUUUUCUAUUUUUAAUUCUGUGCAGCUAUUAAAAUCCAUGUUUAACAUGUACACAAAACGCACUGGGAUGUUAUAUGAAUAUCCUGCAAGAGUUGAAGGCUGGCUUAAUACUACAGAUAAGGAACCACCAGUCGUUCGGUUGAAAAACAACAGAUGGCGCCAGCAAAGUAAAACUCAACCUGUUGCUUGGAAACCGUAUUAUUGCGUAUUGCUGCAAGAUGAGAGAAGUUUCACUCAUUUUCCAACUGAAGAGAUGAGCAUUGGUGAGCGCCUUUUUCUGGAGCUCCCCCGCGUCCGUCUGGAUGGCGGGCGGCAGGCGUUCCGUCGGCGGUGGGGGUACGACAUCGGAGUCCCUUCCGUCCCCGAAGAAGAUGAGGACAGCAGCGAGCUCUCCGAGACCACAUCCCUCAGGGAUGAGCGACUCUUGCGCUUCUCUUCCAUAGAGACGUCCUAUGAAAAGGCUUGCUCGGAUCGGAGAGGGAGCGCCCCGGCAACGCCGGUGCUGGGCAUCAGGACCAUGGACACAACCACGCCCUCCAGGUUUGCAAACUUUUUCUCCAAGCGAAGUUUCAAAAGCAAUCCCUUGAAACGUACAAAAAGUGUGACAAAGCUUGAGCGAAAAAGAUGUACCAUCGAUGGCGACAGCGUCACACCUUCAAUGCUGCGUACAUCAAGGUCACACGAAUCUUUACUUCAGUCAAGUCCUGGAGUAUUAGCAACAUUAGAUCUUUCCCAUGGUGAUGUGCAGGUGGCAGCCUUACACAGUAGCCUAAUUGGGCAAGAGAACUGCUUCCAAAUGAUCUCCAAUGGUGGAACUCGAUUUUAUACCUGUAGGACCAAAGAAGAAAGGGAUCAAUGGCUAUAUAGUCUUAGACGAACAAUUCAACCUAAUCAAGACAAUGUUCGUCGAAAAGAAAACUCAUUAAAAAUAUGGAUCAUGGAAGCAAAAGGAAUGUCAGCUAAAAAAAGCAAAUAUUAUUGUGAACUCUGCUUAGAUAAGACGUUAUAUGCAAGAACGUCUUCCAAACAGAAAGGAGAGAUGUGUUUUUGGGGAGAAUAUUUUGAAUUUAAUAGUCUACCAACUGUUGGAAGUAUAUUUGUCAAUUUGUACAGAGAAGCUGACAAAAAGAAACGAAGAGACAAAAAUGUGUUAAUAGGCUGUGUACAUAUUUCAGUUUCUAGUAUAAAUGGAAAACAUUACAUUGAAAAGUGGUAUACUGUUGCCACAGAAAAAGGUGCUAAUGGAAAAGAGUGCCCAUCUAUGAGGAUCAAAUCUUGUUUUCAAACAAUUGAAGUUUUGCCUCUUAUAGUGUAUAAAGAUUUAUUACAGUAUGUAAAAACAGACUAUAAAACAUUGUGUGAAAUGUUAGAGCCAGCUAUAAGUGUACGUGCUAAGGAUGACGUUGCAACAACUUUAAUCAAUAUUAUGCAAAAGGAAAAUUUAGCCAAAGAAUUUCUUGCAGAACUUGUGAUGUCAGAUAUUGAAAAAAUUGGUGAUCUUCAUCUGACAUUUAGAGGAAAUUCUCUAGCAACUAAAGCUACUGAAGCUUACAUGAAGUUACUUGGGGACAAAUAUUUGCAAGAUACUCUUGGAACAUUUUUAAGAGUUGUUUUGGAAUCCAGUGAUGAUUGUGAGGUUGACCCAACCAAAGCAACAAAUAAUGCAACUUUGCUGCGUCAGCAAGCAAAUUUGAUGACGUUUGUAGAAAUGGUGUGGGUAAAAAUUAUCAAUUCUGCUUCAAAUUUUCCUCAUGAACUUCGUGAAGUGUUCCAUGAAUGUCGUAAAAGAUUGACUGCAGCUGGAAAAGAGGAGCUGUGUGAUAACUUAAUUAGUGCAUCCAUAUUUUUGAGAUUUCUUUGUCCAGCAAUUUUAUCACCUAGUCUCUUCAAUUUAUCUCAAGAAUAUCCUCAAGGAAAGUCUGCAAGAAAUUUAACAUUGGUUGCAAAAACUAUACAAACCUUGGCAAACUUUACUAGGUUUGGUGGUAAAGAGAGCUUUAUGGAAUUUAUGAAUGGGUUUGUUGAAAGAGAGUGGAGUACAAUGAAAGCAUUUUUACGUCAAAUAUCUAGUCCUCCUACCAAAGAAUUUAAUAAAAGAAAUGAAUUUGAUGGAUAUAUAGACAUUGGUAAAGAGUUAGCAGGUUUGCACAAUCUUCUUACUGAAAAUCUUCCUAGAGUAAAUCAAAAGUGCUACUAUGACCACAUUGAUACUUUGCAGCAAAUUCUAAAUGGCAUUUCUUCUGCAUUAAGUCGAACAUUUGUUCCUAAAAAUGUUCUGACACCUUCUGCUGGUACAAGUAAUCAACAAACAGAUCAUAAUAGCAAUUCUAUUAACAAUGAAAAUUUAACUUUAAAAGCUAGUGACCAUUGCAGUUUGAAAACUAUUCAGCGUGAAAUUGUGCAAUCCUAUGUUAUUAAUGCAAGAACAAGAAAUACUGAAGAUUAUCAUUCCUUGACAACUGUCAACUCUAAAGUAUCUACUCCUGUGACCCCAUUUAAUCGCCCAUCUACUCUUCCUCGAAAUGCUUAUUUGCUGGGAAGUGGUAGAAAAGCUGCCUCAGACCUGACUACCUCUGAUGACUAUGUGCUAUGUAGUGCAUUUGAUGCUGACCAAGGUCUUGUUACUGAUGGUACUGCAAUGGAGUUGGAAUCUCUCGUUCCAAAGAAAGACUCUGUCUCUCCGAGGCUCACAAAAUCUUGUAUUUACGGGGAGAUCAAAAGGAAUGAAGAAUACUCGCCGUAUCAAAGGCUGAAAACAUCUCCUCAUAAUGAGCAAAAACUCGGUGAAAGCCAUCGAACAAUUGCACCACAAAAUGGAGUUGGCCUCCAAAUGUCUCUGGUAAAUGGCAAUGAACCUAAAAUCUCACCCCAAAAUAAAGAUAAAAAAGAACCAAAAAGAAGUGUGCAGUGCAAUGGAUUGUCAAGUGAUGAUGCAGCUAAUACUUCAGGUGAAAUGGAAGUUUCAAAUCACAAGGGCAGUCAAAUCUCCAUCAGCCAGCUCUCUAAUGUAGCAUCAUCUGGGUACCAAUCCUUUCCAUAUAGUCAGUCUAGUUCACCUGUCGACCCAGAGCUUCAACAUGACAAUGUCAAAUCACAGUCUGCAAUUGUGAAUGGUCACACGCCUCCUCUAGCAUUUAAUAAUCCAAUGUACCAUUUUCCUUCCUCGAAUUCUACUGGUCAGUGGGAUCGCUGCAAUCGACAAAUGAGGAAGCAUUUCAGGAAAUCUCAUCUUAGUUCAUUCAGCAGCCUUAGUGCUGAGGAUAUAUCAGUUUUUGGACCUACCUCACUUGCAAAUGCUGAUUCCUCAUUGACAUUAUCAGUAGAGGGCUGUAAUUGUCCUUCAAGUUCUUCCUCAUCUGGCACUGCAAGUUGCAAUUCAACUCCACCAAGGGAACGUCGCAAUAGUCAAUUUAAAUCUACAGCACCUCGGACCAAUCCUCGAUACUCGGGGGCUGGAACACAGCACUCAUGCUGCAGCGCAACCAUUGCUUGCUCGCCACGUCUUGCAACGAGGGCGUUAUCACAUCCGACAAGGUCGUUGCAUCAUCAUUAUCAUCACAAGCAAUGCAUACUAACUGCUUCAUAUUUUCAAAGGAAGCAGAAAAACCUGAACUUAACAUUGGCUUCCAAUACCAAAGAGGAUUCCAAAAGCCAUGAUGAUGCUGAUAUUGAGAAUAGCAACAUUCAGUCUAUUACACCGGUUGUAAUGAAUGAGUCUGAAAACAAAAAAAGAGUUGAAGAUUAUGAGAAAGAAGUGGAAGAGUUAAAGCAGGCAAUGGCUGAUAUGCAGUCAAAGUUAACUGAUGCAGAAGAAAAACUCAUAAAACAAGAAUCUGUGACUGAAAGGUUUGUUGCAGACUGGCAAGUACGUUUAGAAGCUGGGAAAGAGGAGAUAAGGCGGCAGCAAGAGGAGAAAGAUCAACAAAUGAAAAACAUUAUUACAAGAUUGAUAACUGUUGAAGAAGAACUUCGUCGGGAACAACAAGAUUUGCAAGGAGUGAUUUUUGCCAAGCAAAAAGUAAUUGAUGCACAAGAAAGAAAAAUUCAAACCCUUGAUGCAGCAAAUAAUAGAUUGUUAGCCGCCCUUGCUCAGCUGAAAGAAAGGUAUCAACUACAGGGAAGGAACGGUACGAUAUCUUCCUCGCCUACCUCACCUGCGAGACUUGCUGUCAUCGAAAAUGGCGACGUGAGAUUUCAAAGCAGUUCAUGCUGACUAUUUCAAGUUUAUUUCAGUUUGUAGCCUACAUCGUACAAAAAAGCUAACUUGACCAAAUAGAAAACGAACUUAUCUCAUCAUUUUCUUUUCCACCUCUAAUAGAGGUUAGUUUUUAUGCUACUCGUGAUGCAGACGGGUAUAAUUCUUAAAAACUUGUACAUUUUCCAUUUGAGAAACCAUUUUCAUGUAUCAUACUUACAAUUUCAUAAAGCAUCUUUGUUUUUGCAUGAUCUUGGCUCGUUUUUACAGCUACCGUGAGAUUUAAAGAAGAAAAAAAAACAUGGAAAUUAAAUGCAUUUUCCUGUCUUUCCAUUCAGGCAAUUCUGCUUGUGCUUUACUAGUCUUCAAAUUUUAUUUUAAUGUUACAUAUAUAAACCUUGAAUUUUUAUUUUGGAGUUUAUUGAAAUCUGAUGUUCCAAUCAUCGACUGUUGGACUGAAUCAACCCACUGUUGUGAUAGUGUUUGUACCAAUGCAACCGAAAAUCUAUGCAAGUUUGUAUUUUUUUAGUUUUGUGGUUGUGAAAGUGUAUUAUAAAGAAAUCCAGGUCUUAGGAUUGUAAAUACAUUUCUCGUUUCAUUGUCCACCGACUCUCUUACACUUGUUUUUCUAUGGAAUUCUUACUGGGAAAUCUUGUUAUCUUGUCACACUGAGCUUUUAAAAACUGAACAAAUGUAAGCUUAGAUUUCUCCUUUAUGACUUGAAGUAGAAUAAUGCUCCUUUGUUGUAAAUUUAGAUGUGUUUUUAUGUGUUUUCAAAUUAUUUCCCUUUGUAGGUAUCUAAACUUGGCAUACAUAUAGUUAUUCAUGCAUUGUAAAAAAUCAUGUCAUAUGCAUUUUCAGCUGUCAUCAGAAUGUUUGUUGUACAUGUGAAUUUGUAAAUAGUUUUAUCUUAUUUCUAAUUUUAAUUUUGUCUAAAACAUACAAUUCGAAGAGUAAAUGGAAUUUUCUUGCAUACAGUGUAGCUCCCCCCCCUCCCAAAAAAAAGUUUUUUCUUUAAAUUUUUUUAAAUACAAAUAUUUAUUAUAUAAAAAUUCAAAAGUAACAUCAAUUUUGUAAUUCAAAAUUUGAUGCAUCAAAUCAGCAAGUAAUUUCUAAAGAUGGUGUUCAAUUUUUUCAAAUUUGUAAAUUAAAAAAAAAUGAAUGUUUUGCAUAUAAAAAACUUUUUCACUUUCUAUGUACAUUAUUUUUUAUUUUUGCAUAGUAUCAUUAAGAAUCUCUAGAUUGUUAAUUAUUAUAAUCUAGUCAAAUUUCAAUCUUUUGAUCUUAAAACAAUAUUUUCUAUUAGUUCAUUUACUUGGCACAAAUUGAAAAUGAUCAAUAAAAUUUCUCAAACAUAGUAAUGAACCAAUAGCAAAAUAAACAUAUUGAUAUUCCAUAAAUAUUUUAAGGUAUGUUUUUUAGGAUAUUAAAUCUUAAAACCAAAAAUUGUUAUUUUACUGAUAUAUUUUAUUAAUGUUUAAUAUUGUCUUCUAACUUCAAAAGCAAGUCAGUAUUAGUAAUUUGAAAAGUUAGGCAUGUAUGUUUGCCUAAUUUGUAUUCUUAAUAGAAUAAAUACUAUGCAAUGUCUUUUGUAUGCAUUAUUUCAACUUGCAUUGUCGGAAGAAAAUGUACGUAUGUGAACAUUCGAAUAAACAGUUCCAAAGUUU